CACUGGGCUAAGAUAUAAUAAAGUCAACACCUGUUGGCUAGCAGAGGGAAAACUGUUCACAGGAAGCAGUGGUAGAGAAGCAGAGUGAGAGGUGAUCCAGAGAAGGUUUUGAUGCAGUCAUCUUAAAGGCUUUACAGCUAACCUCUAGGAGUGAUACUCUUCUCUACAAUGUUUCCUCAAAAGGCUGUUCCUCCUCAAGGAAAUCCACAGUUUAUUAAGAAGAAAUCAUCUGUUCCUGGUGUCAACAUAACACAAUUUGUUCCAGAUGGUGAGAUACCAGAAGGAUGUAGCACCCCAGAUUUUGAACGUAAACCAAUUCCCUUAACUAUACAAGAAGGUAAAAAUGCCAUAUUUAAGGCAGCCAUUAAGGGAAAGCCUAAGCCAGAGAUAACCUGGACACGGAACAAAGGAGAUCUGUCAAACACUGCACGAUACAAAAUGGGCUACGACAGGAUAAUGGAGGAAUUCACAUUACAGAUACAAAGUGUGACUCCAGAGGAUGCAGACACUUACAAGUGUUUUGCUAGGAAUGAAUAUGGAGAAGCUGUGAGUGUUGCAGGCCUUAUUGUCAUAGAGGUUGGAUUUAAGAAGAAAGCCAAACAACCCAAAGUUCAGAAGGAAGAAAUUUGCAAGGAUCCUGUAGAUUUCCGGAAGAUGUUAAAGAAAAGAGCUCCUGCUCAAACUCCAAAGCAGGAGAAGGUUGUGGAUGAAAAAUUCUGGGAACGACUCAUGAAAGCUGAAAAAAAGGAUUAUGAACAUAUCUGCCGUGAAUAUGGUAUUACUGACUUCCGAUGGAUACUUAAGAAAUUACAGCAAAUGAAGGAAGACAAAGAGGAUAAGCAAUCAAAGUACAUCAAUGCCAUCCACAGUUUAAAGCAUAUCCAGGUGAACAAGCAAGGCAUUGCAACAUUUGAAAUUGAGAUGGAAUUGAAGGACCCAAACAGCAGAAUCUUCUUGUAUAAGAACGGGCAGCUCAUUAAUUAUGGUAAUGACACAUACAAGAAACAUUACCUCCGACAAAUCGGGAAACGGUACUGCUUCAACAUCCAGAAUCUUCUUAUAGAUGAUGCUGGUACUUAUCAAGUGAACGUGGAAGACAUCCCUAUCUUUUCUACAGAACUAGACCCACUUUUAAUCCCAGUUACUUUUAAGAGCCAACUCAAAGAAGUUUGCUGCCAGGAACGAGAGAAUGCCAUCUUUGAAUGUACCCUUUCUUGGCCAUAUCCAGGGACUGUGUGGCUAUAUAAGAAACAAAAGUUGGGGCCUGGUGACAAGUAUGAGAUGUCUGUCUCCCCAGAUGGACUGACUCAUCGGCUGACUGUGAAGGACACACGUCUCAUAGAUAAAGGGAUUUACGCCAUUGAAGCAGGAAUCAGUUCAUCCAGUGCCUGGCUUAUUGUUAAUGCAGCAGCUAACGAUGAUGCACCAGGUACAAGAGAUAAGAGGAAACAUACAGGUGGUGCAGAGAAUGAUGCAGACAUAUCACAGGAUAACGAUAACUAUGCCAAAAGAAAAAGAGACCUCAUGAGCUCAAGGAGAUGUGCAGAUGUUGGAGACCAAGAUGGUUUUAAUGACUUCCAGGUUAAAGAUGCCCUUCAAGGAUUUAAAAAAAAUUAUUUUGAUGCUUCUGAUAAAGCUUAUAAGGAUAAAGGCACAGUGAAGAAAGAUGCUUCAGAGGUAUGUCAAGAUCCUACUAUACAAGGGAGGCCAGGAGGCAGUAGUAAUGAUGUUAAGGAUGGUUUCAAUGAACAAAUAAGUAAGUUAGGAGGAAUGAACAGAGAAGGGUUCCAUUUUGAGCCAAACCAACAGAUUUCACAAAAAGGAUUACAGGCACAGCCUUCAGACAUGACAGGUGACCUACAACACCUUUCUGACAGUCCUACCAAGGACAGUGGGUCAUUUGGUGCUAAGCUGGAUCUGAAGACUAAAACAAAAGGUGGGCCUGAUAUGAGUAAGGAUGAUAAAAACAGAGUUGGAAAAAAUGGUUUGGAAGACAAUAAUGAUACAGACAGACUCAUGAAGCAUGGGUUAGAUGGCACUACAGAGAAACAUAAAAGUACAUAUAUGCCUGAACCAGCUAACAUAGAUGGCAAAUCCAAGCAUACAGACAAAGAAGAUGGUAACGGAGGCACUGUUUUCCAAAAAAUGCAUGGAAAGGAUGAAUUGGAUGGGAAUGAUGUUAAAAACUCAUUCCUUGAUGGCCCUGAGGUCUUUCCAGGACAAGCAAAUGGAGGGAAAUACACUGGUAGUACAUCUUCAGCUCACACCCAAGAUAAGGCCCAUGAAAAUCAAGGCAUGGUUCUGAAUGGCACAGGCUCUGACAGUUUAGGAUCCGGAUAUGGAGCAACAGAAGGUGAUGAAGGAUAUUCUAAUAGCAAAAGACAACAAGGAAGGAGAUCUGGUCACAACAGCACUUUAAUUAAUGAAGAGAACCAAGGAAAUAAAGACAAGAAGAUCAGAAGGAGACUAGAUAAAGAUGACCCAACAGUUUCAGCAUCUCAUUUCACGAGUGGACUCUCUGAUCUUCAUGUCCAAAAGGGCCAUAAUGCAGAACUUCGUUGUGAACUGAACACUGAAAGCAUGGAAGGAACCUGGUUUAAAGAUGGCAAGAAGCUGACUCCCACAGAUGGUGUAAUUAUUGGCAAGGAGGGAGCAGUUCACACACUGAUCAUUACAAACGCCAGUGACAAAGAUGCAGGACAAUACAGAUUUGAAGCAGGCAGUAUCAAGACACAUGCAUCUUUAUUCAUCAAAGAUCCCCCACAGGUUGAGGAGGGCCUUCUGCAGCAGUUAGCAGAGAAGCCACUGGUAGUGAAAGCAGGACAGAACACCACCAUCAAGGUGCCAUUUGCAGGACGACGACCAAUAAAAGUGACCUGGAACAAAGAUGGCGAUGAACUUUUAGAAGAUAACAGAAUCCGUGUAGAGAAAGCUGACAACUUCACACGUCUGUCUAUCUCCAGCUGUCAGAGAAAGGACAGUGGGAACUUACAGCUGAAGCUAAAGAACGACAGUGGCACUACAGAUGUUGAUGUUACUCUACUGGUCAUAGACAAACCUCAGCCCCCUCAAGGCCCUGUGGAGGUACUGGAAAGUUCAGCAAAGCAAAUUACAAUCAGGUGGAAGCCACCUAAGGAUGACGGAGGCUGCCCUCUCCAGCAGUACACUAUAGAGCGACAGCAAGUCGGCAGGAACACCUGGAUCAAAGUUGGGGAAGUGGACAAGAACACAACAAUUUUCUCUACCAACAAAGUUGAACAUGGGAAGAAAUACUGCUUUAAGGUGCGGGCGGUGAAUUCGGAGGGUGCUAGUGAUGGUUUGAUAUCUGAAGAAGUGAUGGCUGGCACUAAAGCUUAUCCUGGGCCUCCUCUUCCCCCCAAGAUUGUUAAUGCAAGCAGCAAAGCAAUAACUCUUAGCUGGAGUGCUCCCCAGAACACAGGAGGCUCACGGAUCCUUGGUUACUUUUUGGAAAAAAGAAAGAAGGGAAGUUUAACCUGGACAUCUGUUAAUGAACAACCAAUCCCAGAGCGAAAAUGGACUGUGACAGAUGUUGUGGAAGGGCUGCAGUAUGAGUUUCGUGUUACUGCACUAAAUACCUCAGGUUCUGGUGAGCCCAGUAACCCUUCAAAUGCUGUGUUUGCACGAGAGCCAGUAGAUCCUCCUGGUCCUGUGCAAGACCUCAGAGUAACUGAAUCUUCCUACAGCACCAUCUCAUUAUCUUGGUUACCACCUCUCUCCAGUAGUGAUGAACACACAGCCAAAGGAUAUUAUGUAGAAGUGCGGGCUGGUAACAGUCACUUAUGGAACAGGUGCAACAACAGUCCUCUUAGAACCACCUCCUACACUGUCAAAGGACUGAAAGCCAAAGAACCCUACUUUCUGCGGGUACUGGCCAUCAAUGAAGGAGGACAGGGACAGCCCAAGGAACUUGACACCUAUGUUCUUGCCAUGCCACCACCAGUUCGGCCCCAAUUUCAAGCAGAUGCCAAUUUGAAACGUUUCAUCACUGUGCAAGCUGGGAACAUUAUCCGGGUUCGCAUUCCCUUUGAGGGAUCUCCAACACCAGAAGUUCUUUGGCUGAAAGAUGGACUGCCUGUCUCACAAAGGGCCACUACAACAACUGUGGACAGAUUCUCUCAAAUGCUGAUCCCGAUAUCUCAGCGCUCUGACAGUGGCCUGUAUAGUAUUACACUGAAGAACAACUUUGGACAAGAGACAUUCUGUUUUGAAAUUCAAGUAACAGAUAUUCCUAGAGCACCUGGUCCAGUAUGCUUGGAAGAAAAUGUCCCUGGUACAGUUACAGUUUCUUGGGAACCCUCACCAGAUGAAAAAUGGGACAACAGACUGCGCUACAUGGUUCAGAAACGUGAUUCCAGUCAGAUGACUUGGCAGUUGGUGUCAGACAACAUCUUCAACAACAAGUGUACAAUCAUUAACAUCAUUCCUGGAAGACAGUACUAUUUCCGUGUUUUGGCUAAAAAUGACAUUGGGAUAAGUGAGCCUUCCAGCACCUUGCAACCUUGGUGCAUCUUCAAGAAUAAAGAAAAAUUUACAAUGCGUCCCUUUCAAUACCGACAACUGGACUACAAACAAGCACCAAGAAUUCUUGCAAUACUGAAGCCUCACAUCGUACCAAAUGGAUUCAACUGCUACAUGACUUGUGCUGUGCAUGGUGAACCACAGCCCAAAAUUACCUGGUAUAAGAAUGGCCAAGAGCUGUCUCAAAAUACCAACAUCUGGAGCUCUAAUAUCCGAGGGGUCUGCUCACUUGUGAUACCAUGUGCCACUGGAAAGGAUAGUGGAGACUACACAAUGAUAGCCAAGAACUCCGUAGGGAAAGGCGUCACUGAAUCCUGUCUGAUGGUGAGAGAGUGAAAUGGAUGAGCUACAGGUCUCAAAUGUGCCACUUAUGCCUACAGGGCCCUUCUCAUUUUUGCAACAUUAAAUUCAUGAUCAGAGAAAAGCACAUCACUUAAUUAUGCAAGUGUAGUUUUUACAGAAGCAUUUCCUCUUUUCAUAACAUAUUAGAUGGAGAAACCAUUACUGCAAGUACCACGAAAGUGAAUGUGAACUUCGGCACAACAGACAAAGGCACUUCAGACAUACUACAGUCUGUUUUAGCAAGUGCACUGUAUCUCUAAAGACUGCAGUUUCAGAACUUUGCUUUGUUAUACAAGAUGUGAUGCUUUAUUUACUGUUUGUUGACUUGGUACAUAUGCUGGUUUAAGACCCUUUUCAGUUAAUGCCUAGGCCAGAACGCAGACACAACAAUAGACAUAUAUAGCAGAAAUGCAGCUGUUUCAAAACAAUUGUACAGCAUGUUUCAACACAAAUAAUCAAAGCCGGCAAUAGGCACCUGCAAAACCCCCAAAUCUGCUGCUACUGGGGUGGGCCCCCAUUGAGAUACAGCCACGAUGCAGGUGGGUUUUUCCUGUGCCUGGCUGUGGUUAUCAGACCUGGCACUACUGUGAGCCAAGGUCAUUACUGUGCAUUUUGUUCUCCUGUUAAUACUUCCUCCAAUGAGGAGGUCAUGCCAGUGAAAAGCUGCAAUCUAUCAGGUCCACUUUAGUGAAUCAAGGACUUGAUUGGUUGCAGCACCCUCACAGCACUUCCACAUGUGAGAAGUGUUGUGAGCUUUAUUUUAGAUUUCUUUUAUACUAGGAAUCGGGACAUGAAUUUUUCCCCCAUUAGUAGCAACGGAACAAAGGGGGAGAUUAAAGGCUCGAUUUUAAUUUGGGACUGAAUAGGAGCCUUAGAUGAAAUAAAAUCGGAAAACCACAGUUGACCAGUCCAAAGGUUAGGAAACGAAAAUAAGAAGAAAAAAAAAAGAGGUAAAAAUCUAGAUAUUCUGCAUGUUUCCUGUUUUCCUCUCACACACACACAACUACAACAGGACAUAUUUUAAGCUUCAUUCUUAUAAACUUAAAAUUCUAAACGUUGCAAUGCAUAUCAUUCAAUCUAUAAGAAUUCUGGACAAAGCCAAAAAUAAUUUUGGGGGGGGGUCAAAGGCUCACAACAAGGGACAGAUUUUAAAUAUUGCUGCUGUAACCUUAGAAAUUUGUUAGAAUAGCAUGUUUUACAUUAUCUUGUAUAUGAAAUCUAACAUUUAUAUGUCUGUUAUCAUUUUGUUACUUCAGUCCUUAGUGAUAUUAGAUAUUAGUGAUAGCUUAGUAAAUCAGAACCUGCUCAAAAUUUACAAACCUUUACGGCCAUGUGGACACGCUCUGCUAUCCUGCUCCUUAGCUAUACUAAGAAACUGCCUUCCUCCCUCCCUUAAAAUACUCAUAACUACUCUAACUUUAAAUCCCUCCUCAAUUCCUCCCUCUCUUCAAAGUGGGAAUGCCCCUGCUCCUUCAUCACAUAGGAGCCUCCUAUAUCAAAACCCCCCUUCUAACUCUGUGCAUCAUCUCUGCACUCACAUCAUUUGUCCUCAUACUCCUCCUUAACCUCCAGAUUUUGUUAAUAGUUUAUUUCCAACAAUUUCUCAUCCUCAAUUGUAAUUCACUAUUAUCGUGGAUGUAACAUUUCAAUUGUAAUUCACUGUUAAUGACUCUUAGACUCUACAGUUGCUAGAUUUUAUUAUUGUACAAUGCAGAAUUUUUUACUGAAUAAUGUUGCAUAAAGCUGUAUGACUUCUUUGCUUUGUAUCUGUGUAUGCUAAUAUGUUUCUCAUUGUUAUUGGAGGUUUUCUCCCCGGGUCUCCACUGAAAACCGGCUCUUUUUAAGCCCAGUGGACUUCCCCGGUCAUCAGACUGAAAUAAAAUAAAUAUAUAAAUAAAAAACAAACUAAAGAUUUAUGAGAAAAACACCAAAAAUAUGAGGCACAAUGUGAAAUUCUAAACAGUUGAGAUGUAUGAUUUUAUAGCAGUAGCCCAAGUUAUAAUGUAGAAUAUAUCUAAACACAAGCUGUACUCAUCUCACAAAAUAAAUGCAAUCAGUAAAAACUAAAUGAAAACUCCAGCCAAGCUAGAACUUCCACUGAGUGACCUCUCAAACUUCUUGUAUCAGAGGCACAUGAGAUAUAUGCAAAUGACCCUUAUGAACAUCAGGUGUUUCAGCUAUAUGGCAAUUCUGAAUACCCAUGACUUAUUUCUUAUGAACAAUUCCAGGCCAAUAAAGCCAAACCCCAUUAGCUGUGGAUAUACAAAUUUCAGCCUUGUUGUGAAUUCAUCAACAGCACAACCAGUGCUUGACUAAGCAUAAGAAACACAGGGCUGUUAUACCCAGCUGAUGUCCAUUACCAUUAGGGUGACUGCAAAAUAUUCAGACUAACAAACAAACAAAAUAAAUGCACAUAAAAAUAACAUAUUUUAAAGCAAAAAACAUCUAAAAACUGCUAAUCUUCCUCUCUAGAUAAACUGUUACUGCAUGCUGUCCAAGAAUAGCCCAGCAGCCAACAGGCCUUUCAAAUUUCCCUGAAAAGGACACCUUUUUUCAAUUCUUUUUCAUCUGAGGCUGUAGAGGAUGGAGUUUCAAACUUCAUAUAAUUCAAAACAUGCACGUUAAUCUAAUACAUGUUAUUUUAGUAGAUUUUAAAAGUUGUAAAAGUAAUAUUUAAAAUCUGUCCCUGAACAUGCGUCUUUUGUAGUGCAUUUGUUUGUGUGUGUGUGUGUGUGUAUGUGAAAAGGGGAGAAUCCUACAGAAUGUCUAGAUUUUUUGCCUCAUGUUUUUAGUGUUUUGCUUAAUAUUUUGGUCAGGACCCCAAUAAAAUGUGUGGUUUUGCAGCAAAUCACAGUAGAUUGUGUUUCACACUUCAUCUUAUUCUAGCAGUUUUUGGUGUUUAAAAGCAAUAUUUAGUAUUUACCCAAUAAUUUGGGUCCUUUGUACUGUGUUUGUCUGUGUCUGUGGGUGAAGAAAGGAGGGGAAUUUGGAAAAAUCUCUUGCUAGUCUUUGAGUCACACAGUAGGUAAAUUAAAGUGGAAGGAAUCAAAUGCUUUACCCUGAGUUCAGCAAGCAGUUCAUUACCAGCUGUUGUCCAUUGUGCAGAUGGUUAUUAAGCUAGCUUUGUAGGGCUACUCUCAGGGCCAGCCUUUGGUCAACUGGUACCCUUGGCAGGAGGGCUCCACGGCGCUCCCCCACACCACCUAGUGCUGGCAUCUUGGUCUGCAUACACCAUCCAGACUACAGGGAAAGUGCCCCUGCUACAGUGGCGCUCUAGGCAGCCACUUAGUUGGCCUGUGCCUAAGGCCAGCUAUGGCUACUGUGUAUGUGCCAAUAGUUCCUGUGUGCUGGAAAUCAUACAUCUGAAUAACAAAUAUGGCUAUAAUAUUCUGGUAUGCUGUCAGUCUGGAUUUCAUAUCAAAGCUCUGCUUGGAGACAAAAACUUAACUGUACUAUUCAGAAAUAUGAGUAAAAUGUAUACUGUUCCUUAUGCCUUUUUCAUUUAAUUUUUUUUCACAACUAAUAUGACUACAACUCCAAGUCUGUCUGUAAUGGUUUGUGUGCAGUAACACUUUUAAUAAUAUGUGGAAUAUAAUGAUCAUUAAAGGGGUGUGGGUGACAAUUAAAAGGGAAGGGUGUGUGGCAGCAAUAUGGUGACACAGGGUAGGGGCCCCCAACUCGAAACUUGCUAGGGGCCCUCAAAAUGCUAGCAUCAGCUCUGCAAAUAAUGACAACAGCCAUAACAGAACUACAGACACUGCUAUUUGCAUAUGCAUAAAAGUGGAAAAAUAAAGUAUAUAUAGAUUUAACAAGUCAGUUUCAAAAUACCACAAAAAAAUUACUACAAACCCAGAGUUUAAUUUGUGUCAGACAUGAUUUUGUUAUGUAUGGAUACCUGGAAAAUGACCUAGCCAGAUGAAGACAGUUAUUAUUCUGACUCUACGCCAUUAUUAAAUGUACAGUAACAGUGUACCAGGCUUGAACAUAGAAAAGUCCAUAGGCGACUCACUUCGUAGUUAUAUUUGCUAUUGAACUCCACCCAACUAACAUGAAGGAGAUGGAAGUGUAGUCUAAAUUACAACAGGGCUCAUGCAGAUAAGUCAGGCAUGGGACACACACAGCUUUGUCAAUAAGUCACCAAACUUAAAGAGCUCUCCCUGCUGACCAUGAAACAGUGCAAGACACAUGGCAUGACUUGGAAAGCCUCUCAGAUAUGCAACUUUUCUGUUGUCCUCUAGAUGGCAUUAAAAUUCUUAUUCUGAGAGUUAAUAAAAGAUGCUUUAUGUCAAUGAAUCAAUAUACCUUAGUAAUGUUAGAGGGCAAGCAAAUGUGACACAUAAAUGCAGGGGCAAACAAAAAGCAUGUUCCACAAGACUGGAAAUAUCUGACUUAAGUCAUGUUAUUAGAUGGUUUCUCAGAUGUGUGCGCAACCUGAGUGUUAACAUAGCUGUGUUAUCACUCAAGACUACUAAUUUAUAAGACAGUCUCUACAGUUCUCUCGCUGAUGUUCACAUACUGAAAACAUAUCAGUUAAAGAGGUAUGACAGUGAAUUUUCAGCUUUGUAUACCUUUUUUAUUAAUAAGAAUGCAGUACUUAAUAAUAACCAUUCUUCAUACCUUAUAGGUUGGAAUACACAUGAAUAACUCCUUCUCUGGUAUUAGGUUUGCAGAGUUUUAGUUUCCUUUCUAGUUUAUCUAACCCUGAUUGAAGAUAACAUGCAAACACAGUCACUGUCUUUGGUAUACAGUACUCCUGUGUGCUAUAUGCAUUACUGAAAAUCCUCUGGGAAAAAAAUACUGAAAAGGAACCAAGAUUCUUUUUUUCUUCUAUGCCAUUUUUAUCCCCACUGUCUGCUAACCAUCAGACCUCCUGUGUCCCUGCUGACCAAUUCAUCCCCCAUGUAGAUGAGACCUAAUCACAUAAGACUGUCUUCCAGAGAGCUGUCAAUAUUUUUUUUUACUAAACUCUAACCUCCUGAUCCCCAUGGCAGCUGAUGGGUUUGGCCUGUAAUACCAGCCAGCCUCCAAACAUGCACACUGCUGUGUAAUGCCUGACUCUGGCUAUAGCAUGCACUGCUUGGUGUACAUCCAUCAUGGCCCAAUUACUUCUGGUGUACUUAAAAUUUGUACCCAGAUUCCACAGGGCAUCAGUGCAUCAAUCAGCCUAGCUGCCUGCAGAUGGAUGAGCCCUUCUAUCCUCCAUCAAUGGCUCCUCCGGUGCCCUGGUCAGUAGUUAAUCCAAGGACAUAUAGGUUAUGGUCAGAGCAUCAUUCCACAACUAGGAUUCUAAGGUAGUGAAUGCUGCAGUUGUUACACUAGGGUGUCAUGAUCACAGGGAAAAUUCAGUAGCACUGUUUGAAAUUAUGAUCCGACCUACAGUCACUAAGAGUAGGACCAGUGAUGUCUGCACAUUCUAACUAUGAAAACUGCAUUGCUAUGCAGAGUUAAUUCUUGAUAACAAUCCACAGUUUGAGUAGACUUGCAUUAUUAAGAUGAUAUUACCUACCGCUUUUCCCAGCACAGUGUCUGGUUUACUUAAAUGCUAUAGUUAAAUUAUCCCUCAAAUUACCUACUGUGAACCCAGUUAUUCUCAUUAGGAGUAAUAUAUAAUUCUCAACCAUGGGAUGGAUAAGGGCAAACUAUAACCAAAUGGGAUAGGUUAUUUCGAGCACAAAAACAGAAAAUGGCUGCAAUGGCAGCUAGCCUAGUAUUUACCUAUGAGCCUAUGAACCUACUGUUUAUGUUAGUAGAACCCCCUGAACUUUCAUUCAUCUGGAUUUUGCCAUUUUGUGCUGGACUGGUACCCUCAUAACUAAAGUCAACAAGACUGUUGAUGGUUGUGAAUAUAACUGAGGAAUAUGAGAAGAAACCUGUGCACAGGUGCAGCAUCACAUUUUGUAGAAGAAUAGCUAUUUUACCUGUUUGUCUGGGCAUGCAGAACAUGUAGUAACAGUACUCUGUUCACUCUAAUCCCUUUUUUGUUUGUUUGUUUUUUUAGCAUGUUAUAAUACAUGCAGCCACCACCUGGAGGCCCCAUAAUGAUAAAUUUACAUUAUGCUCCACCAACACAAGGAAGGGAAGGUAUACUCUGGCAAGUUCUCCAGUGACCUAUAUCCAUUCCUGCAUUGUCAGCAGAAAUCCAUCUCACAAAUAGGUGUAGCCUAUUUCAUUUUUGAUGAUUCAUUUUUCCCUUCUUUCAUUGUACAGAAAAAUACUCUUUGCACAGAAAAAAUAUUCCAUCUAACUAUAAGCAUUACUCCAUGUAAAAAGCAAAAUACACUGGACACUCUCUUAUACGUUUUGGUUGUCACUGAAUCUGAAUAUUAUGGUCCUGGCCGUGACUGCAAAAUGCUUAUGUAAUUUGUGAUUGAACAGUAUAAACAUAUUUACACUAGACAUAUCAACUAAUGGUGGAAAAAAAUAUCUUUUUCUACUCGUGAGUUUUGUUGAUCCUCUGUUUUUUACAGCUUUGUGAAACCUUUGUAGCAUGCUGCUGUCCUACUUUUGCAGACUACAAACAGACAAUUGCAACAGGACUCUUGGUAUGCUUAUGUAGUUUAGCAGUUCUGAGAGCCCUGAGUACAGGCAUUGGUGACACAUAAUUCAUUAACAACAAUGUAUGCAAGUCUCUCUAAAGAACAAGUGAAAUGCAUUCAUUCUUUACUCAGAAAAAAAAUUAAAACAUAAUAAAGAUUUUAAAAUUGUAAGCAGUAUGCUGUUUUCGCACUGAUACCAGAUGGGAAAGAAUAGCCACCAGUAUGUUUAAUUUUUUCCAUGUGAUUUUGUAUUUAUUUCAGGGAGUGUGGAGGAUGGUAAUUGUAGUCUGUCUACCACUAACGGUCCUUAAAUACUAAAUUAAAUGCACUUAAAUACUCAAUAAUUUUUAUGACUACAACAAUUAUGAGCUCCACUGACGAUUAAAACUGUUCCAGUUUUUUUCUGUCUACAUUUUCCUCAAGCAGUUAGCUGUUUUAUCUUCAGUUAUGUUUAUUCUACUCUGUCUACUACCAUAUGCUGUCCCGGCCUAUAAUACUCACACUGACUUCUCUUGUAUGUGGGGUAAACGGAUGCAUAUGCAUGUAGCUGCUGGUAUUUUGUCUACAGGUGUACGUUUUCAUGACUGCCGUGUUUCUUUAUUUUUGAUAAACAACCUUUACAUAAGAGUCAUUGGUUUAAAAGUGAUAUGACUUCCAGACAAAUAAAUAAAUAAAUGCAGCACAGUCCACAUUUGUCUGCAGUGUUAGUAACAAAGCAUUCCUUUAAAAAGCGAAGCAAUGAAACUUUCUACUAUUUACCUGUAUGUGUACAUAUGUGCAGCAUAAGUAAAAGAUCAGUCUUUGCUUUG